AUCGUUGCCAAGCUCCCGCGCUAACUCGACAAAGCUUCUAGCUCGGCAGAGAAGCUCAUCUGCAUAAAACGGAACACCAACAACACCUCGUGCAGCAAUACCAUUCGAAGUACCUAUUCACCUCAACAAUAUGCCCGAGAUUGGAGAAGUUGCCCGUAUUGUCGGUCGUUUGCGCACUCAUCUCGUCGGACGGACAAUCACUUCUGUUCAGGCCCAGCACGAUCCAAUCGUCUUCAAGGAUACCACCGAACAAAGGUUUGUGAGCGAGCUUGAGGGACAAACUGUUCAGGCGGCGAAGCAAUGGGGCAAAUAUUUUUGGCUUGUAAUGUCAAAACCCCCACAUGUAUUAAUGCAUUUGGGUAUGACGGGCUGGAUUCACAUCAAGGACGACCCUCUCUCGCACUAUCGCACAAAGACAGGAGAGCCGAGAUGGCCGCCGCGAUACCACAAGUUCAUCUUCAAACUCCAAGAUUCCACCAACGAGAUCGCAUUCGUCGAUGCGCGGCGGCUGGCUCGGAUACGGCUCAUUGAUCACGCCAAUGGCGAUCUACGUAACGUAUCGCCACUCAAGGAAAAUGGACCCGAUCCGGUGCAGGAACCCCCAACGCUGGAAUGGUUGAAGACGCAUCUUGCGGCGAGGAAGGUUCCAGUGAAAGCGUGGUUGCUGGAUCAGAGUGCGAUUGCGGGUAUUGGGAAUUGGGUUGCAGAUGAGAUCCUUUACCAAUCCCGCCUACAUCCCGAAAGCUAUACCCACAACCUCCAGGAGUCCGACGUGGCGGAUAUGCACAAAGCAUUGCUGUUCGUGACGAAGACGGCAGUGGAAACGGAUGCUGAUAGCUCCAAGUUUCCAAAGGAUUGGCUAAUGCUGCACCGCUGGGGCAAGGGGAAAAAGGGAGAGGAUGCCAACAAGCUACCCAACGGAGACCAGGUCGAGUUCCUCAAGGUUGGCGGUAGGACGAGCGCCUUUGUGAGGAAGUUGCAACGCAAGGUGGGGCCAGUCGCCAGUGAGGAUGGUGCUCCAAAGCGCCAGGCCAAGCGGAAGCGAGUAAAGCAAGAGGAGGAGGAAGAAAGUGGAGGGGGAGCCGUGAAGGAAGAAGUGGAGGAUGAGUCCGAGUUUGAGGUAAAGCCCAUGAAGAAAGGCCGUGUCAAGAAAACGGUGGAGGUGAGACCCAAUCCGAGGCAGACGAAGACCGAAGUCACCGAGGAACUACCCGACGGCCACGAGCCUACCGAGAUCAAAUCCGAAGUCGAAGGACCGCACGAAGGUCACCGACUACGGCCCCGGAGAAAAAAUCUUGCCGCACAAUAGCUUGUAUCACGCCCUUGAUUUGUAUGUAGCAAGCAUAGGUAUCUGCCCAG